AACUGGACUUUUCUCUUAGCGGGGAGAGCUCGAGGGGGGGCGGGGGGGUGUGUCCUAAUAAAGAGAAUUAGCAAGAGUUCACGAACGGGAAGCAUUAGAGCAAAUAGUCUAGAUAUUUAGAUGCCUUUGGCUUGUGCGAAUAGCCAAGUGGUUCGCAGCCAUUUUUUCCUUCCAUUUUUCUUCCUUCUUUUUAAGACGGCCGCAAGAUGAGGAAAUGAAGCUGAAAGGGCAAAGAGGAAGAGCCAAUCUGCACGAAUACCGCCGUGAUUGGACACGCGUGUAUAUGUGAUGUAUGUACGCAGAGUACUUGGCUUCAGUCGCUGUCGCUGUCGAUGUUGGGCGUCGUUACUGGGGGAGUGUUGAAUCCGCACAGAGGUCUGCUGCGCUGCGUGUGUUUGGCCCGCCGCACAAAUGGUGGUGUGGACAUAGAAUGGAUGGGGUAGGUAACAAACUGACGACUGUAGUCGGUCCCUCUCUUCUUCCCCCCAUCCUCUUCUCUCCGUCGCGCAUGUAUGUAGGAGUCCUCGUCCCAUCAUUCCACUGUCCACUUUGCUUGCGACCCCACCGGCCAUCUGCAUCAACACCACCACUCCCAUUCACCGCCCCGACCCCCAGCGCACCUUGCCCUAUCAUUGCGCAUCAUUCCGCACGACUAACUACCACGGCCACCACCACCACCACCACCAGUAUUCAGCAGUGUCCAACUCCACCAACACCACCAACUCCAACACCAUCUCCAACUCCACCCAGCUCCCGCCGCUCUCCGCCGCCGCCGCACGCUACAUACUCCCAUACACACCUCCCGCCCACAUCCUGUACCGGUACUUGACUGGUUCGGUGCCUUAGCCUGUCCCUCCGCCAGAAAUCUACAUACCCUACCCUACCCGUAAUCCCAUCGUUCCCGGAUCGGACUCCUUGUUUUCCUUUCUUUUCUUUGCCUUUCUUCUUCU